GAAGUGCCUACUGGGUCUCAGCCCACGAGACCGGAAGCGGCGGGCUCAGACCGGAAGUGGCGGCGGCGGCGGCUCCGGGAUGAGGCGCUGGAGCCCCGCGGCGUGGCCCGAGGCGCUGAAGGCGCGGGCGGCGCGGUACGCGCUGGAGCGAUCGCUCGGGCCCUUCCUGGAGGAGCGGCUGCGCCUCGAGCAGCUCAGCCUCGACCUGCGCGGCGGCACCGGCUGCCUGCGGCACCUGCGGCUGCGGGCACAGGCGUUGGACGCGGUGCUGCGGGCGCCGCUGGAGCUGCGCGAGGGCUGCGUGGGAGCCGUGUGGGUGUCGGUGCCGUGGGCGGCGCUCAGCGCCCGUCCCUGCAGCGUGCGGCUCUGCGGGCUGCGCCUCGCCCUGCGCCCCCGACAGCCGGGGGGUCCCGAUGCCGCUGCCCCCCCCGCGGAGCCGCAGGAGCCGGGCCGGGCGCCCCCCCCAGAAUCGCCCCCCCUGGAAGGGCUGGAGGCGUUGGCCCUCACCAUCGACUCAGUGCUGCGGCGGCUGCGGGUGGAGCUGGAGGACGCGGUGCUGGUGGUGGAGCUGCCGGGGGGGAACGUGGAGCUGCGGCUGCCGAGGGUGGAAUAUGAGGAUGAGGGGGGGCCGGAGGUGGGGCCCCCCCCGGUGCUGCUGAAGGGGCUGCGGCUCUGGGACCCCACAGUGUGCUGGGAGGAGCUGCCCCCCCCCGGGGAGACGGCGCCCCCCCCCGUGCGUGUGGGGUUCAGCCCGGGACCCUCUCAGCUCUCGCUGCGCAUCAAACACAACGCAGCGCUGCCCGGACCCACGGUGGAGGCGGAGGGUAAAGGGGGGGCCCUGCACCUGGCGCUGCCCCCCCCACUGCUGGGGGCCCUGCGGGCGCUGCUGGGGACCCCCGACCCCCCCGAGCCGCCCCCCCCCGCCCGGUGCCGCCCCCUCGGCCCCCAAGACCUGGAGCUGAUCGAGAGGGAAUUGGGGCGCUGCCUGCGGGGGGGGCGCCCCCCCAGCCUCCCCCCGGCCCAACCUGGCGAAGGAUGGGGCCCCCCCGGGCGGGGGGGUCUGCGGGUGCGGGUGACGCUGGGGACGGUGACGUUGGUGCUGCCCGAGGGGGGGGCGCCGCCCCCCGAUACCUACGAGUGCCUUUGGGGGGGCCCCUGCGGCCACUGCCCCCCCCUCGACAAAGAGCAUGGGCUGCCCGGCCCCCACCUCAGGCUGAGCGCGGGGGGGGCGCAGGCGUGGCUGGAGUUGGGGGGCGCGGGGGGGCCGCGGGGGGAGCUGUCGCUCGCCCGUCUGGAGCUGCUGGAGGAGCUGCCGGCGCCGGGGGGGGGGCAAACACCGGCUCAAGGUGGGGGUACGGGGGGGUACGGGGGGCCUCUGGGGUGGGCGUGGCCGUUAACCCCUUCCUCCCCUCCGCAGGUGCUGUCGUUCCCGCCGGGCGCCGUCCCCCAGCCCUGCCUGCGCCUGCGCUGCGGCCCCCCUGCAGCCCCCCUGGAGCCCCCCCAGCGGGCCCCCAACCCGCGGGAGGUGGCGCUGGAGCUGCGUCCCUUCGAGGCUGAGUUGGAUCUGGGGCUGAUGGAGCGGCUCGGCCCCGCGCUCGCCCCACUGAUCGCCCCCCGCGGCCCCCCUGGCAGAGCCCGGGCCGAGCCGCCAUGGCCGCAGUUUCGGGGGGCCGCGGGGGGGGCGGUUCUGCGGCUCCGUCUCCCCCGUGUGGACCUGCGCCCCCCCCCCAACCGCGAGCCCCCCCCACGCCUGCGCCCCGAAAGCCUCCGCUUCGAACUUGGGGCGCCUCGAGUUCGGGGGGGGCCCGGGGGGGGCGUCCUGACCUGCGACAGCGUCAAUGUGAUUUAUGAAGCGGAGGACAUGGGGGGGGCCGUUCACUGCCUGCGUGUGGAACCCGGGGGGGCGCGCGAGCUGCCCAGGCUGGAGGUGACGUUCCCCCCCCCCAAUUCGAGGCCCCCCCCCGGGCCCCCCCCCACCCCUUUCUCUGCUCGGAGAAGUCUCUACGAGAGUCACGAGCUGGUGCUGCCGGGGAGCCCCGAGGAGCUGGAGGCCUUUGUUGGGGGGGCCCUGGGGGGGGCGCCCUGCAGCCUGCGCCUCACCCUGCCCCGAGCCCACCUGCGCCUGCGCCCCCCCGAGCUGGGGCAGCGCCUCUACAACAGGAUCAACAACGAUCUCCUGCUGUGGGAGCCCGAUAGCCCCGCCCAUUGGUUUAGCCACGCCCCCUCCACAAGCCCCGCCCCCUCGACCGAGCGCAGCCAAUCCGAACCCGAGGCCUCGCCGGGAAGCCACGCCCCUUCUUCAUCAGACCACGCCCCAUCCUCUGGCCACGCCCCCUCGGACGCUUUCAAGCCCUGCAAGUCAGCGCUGGGCACUGACUCAGAGGAAGAAGAAGAAGAGGAGGAGGAGGAAGAGGAGGAUGAAGGCGCCGGGGGGGGCCCCGAAGAAGAGGAGGAUUUGGGGGGGCCCCCCCCGGACCCCCAAAGCGGCGUCGCCGUCCUCGUCACUGUCCUGCGCGGCCGCAUCACCGCCGACUGCCCCCCCGCGGGGGGGUCGCGGUUGGUGCUGGAGGUGGGGGGGGGGCGGCUUUGCCUCCUCCCCCGCCCGGGGGGGCGAUGGGGACGAUUCUGCGCCUGCGUCGAGGGGGGGGACGUCCGCCUCUACCACGGGGGUCUCUAA